AUGGCAUUCUGAGGUGGAUGGGGGCAGUCACUGACGACACUCCUGUCGUCACCACUGUGCACGACUCGCAGCUGGUGAAAGGCGCCAUCCCCAGCAGCAAGCUGCGGCAGCACGACCUGCCGGUGGACAUCAUCUGCACGCCCACGCAGAUCAUCCGAGUCACCGACAAGAUCCCAAAACCAACAGGCAUCUACUGGCACCUGCUGUCGCCCCAGAAGCUAGCUCAGAUCCGCAUUCUGCAGCAACUCAAGGAUCAAAUCGAGGUGCAGACCGGCGCCGCCCUGCCGCUGGGCCCAGACGAGGGACGAGUGCAGCUGGUUCAUUAGCAUCGUGCAAGCAAACCCAUUCCCUAGUCAAGGGUAUCAGAUUCAAGCUGAGUCCAACUUAGUUUACAUCUAGAACAAAAGGCAGAGGUGGGUGGGUAGAUAGAGACCUCCAGGCGACCACUGUUGCAAGCUCAGCCUACAUGCGAGUGUGAUGGGCUGAGAAAAGCCCUUAGGAACUUUCCAGAGACUAAGUCCCACACAAGAUGCUUGAGUAGUGCAGCGGAAGUGUUGAGUAGUUGAACCCUUGCACUAGUAUGUGAGAGCAAGUGAUUGAUUAGAAGGAACAAGCAUACAGCAAUAUAUAGAAAAUAAGUAA